AUGUUCGUGCUGGACACGACGCAGCCCGAGAUGAGCCCGGAGACGAACCUUCAGAUUUACACGAUCAUGGAAUACGCUUCAGGCAUGAUGGAAAAAUACGAGAGCUCAGCUACAGCACCGUAUCUGCUAUUCCCCGUGCCAGGCGGAUAUCCGCUAGGAUGGAUGUCCCACGUGGGGAUCUCGACGCAGCUGCAACUCGUACUCGUCGGUCUGGUCGGCACCGAAAUGGGGGUGGUAAUGAUCACGCUAUUCAUGACACGGCAACAGGCCAUUAUGCCCGAUUCACAUCCACUAAAAUGGUCGUCACGAACGGGACAUGCGCUCCUCAUUGCCGGCCACCUGGUGUUAUAUUUGCAUAUCAGCGGCAUGCUUCUUUAUAUGCUCGCCCACGACGACCAAUCGGCCGCGAAAAAGAUUUAUCAGGAGGCUGUCCAAACGGUUCGUCAUUUUCAGAAAUAUCCAUUCUUUCGCCGUUUCUUUGACAUUGAGUCCCUGUACGUCUUUGACCCCGACAUUGGCGGCAUCAUAAUAGUGAACCUAGUCGUUUUGUUCUUCAUCUUUCUCGCCAUGAUUCUGGGGUUUUUGCCGAUAACCCUCGGCAUCACGGGGUUGCAUGGAUUCUGUACUACCCUGGUGACAAUGUUCAUCUACAGACCCUACUCGGAAUAUAUCAAGGAAUCGGCGAUGGGCGUCCUCGAGUUCUUUGCGCCUGAAAUUCCAAUGAUCGGAAAGACU